AUGAGCGAUUCAGAAUCACUUUCAAGUGAUAAUUCAGAUAAUGAAAAUUUUCUUAACGAUUUUAUCGAAAAUAUUCCAGAUGUAAAGGCUGUCUUUACGCAUAUUAAACUCUGGGCUCAUAAACAAGGAUUUUUUAUUCGCAAAGGAAGAAACGAAGAAAAUAGACAAUUGAAUGUCAUUGUGAAGAUGUUUAUGAUAACAAAUCAAGGAAAUCAUCAAAAUCUCAUCAAACAG